AUGGAAAGUACUGUUGAAAUCAGCAGCGAGGAGUACGAAGCGGCUAAAAUUUUACUAAGUUUGAAGUAUUCGGGGAAUAGCGAUACUGGUCCGCAAUUUCCUUCGGGGUCCUGUGCUCCUAUACAGACACCCAUGAUUAUGUUAUCGCCGUGCGCGACAACUUCUGCACUGCCGAUAGCUACACCAUAUGUUUUGUGGCAUGGUAAGUGGGGAAUGUUUGUAUAUAGUUGAAGUGGGGGUAUUGUUUUUAAUGAUUUUUUCGUUUUAGAUUUAUUUAGUGAGGACCGCGAAAGGCAUGGUUUUACGACGGAGGAACUGGUGGCUUUGAAGGGAAUGUAUGCAAGUAGUGGGGGGCGUCCAACAGUACUGGAAAGGAAAAGUUUAAUGGCACGAUUUGGUUUGUUGAAGGAGAAGGUAUGUGGAUGGUUCCAGAACAGAAGGUCUUGGGAGAAAAGGACAAUUGAAGUAAAAAAAAAAACCCAUUAAAUAAUAAUUGACAUUGUUGGAAUUUUGAAGAAAUGUAUAUUUGUAAUGUUUGAAUAAUAUACUGAAUUGUACAUUGAAUUGUUUGCAUAAAAAUUUUUUUUAAAAGAUUAAUUUAUAUUUUUUUACAUUUUUGAAUAGUAUUGAACUGUACAUUAAAUUGUUUGGAUAAAAAGAGAUUAAUUUAUAUUUGUAACAUAUUAAAUUGUUUGUUAUUGAUCAUUAAAAAUGUUUAAUUGUUCUGGCGUAAUAUCAUCGCUCAGAAUUGUGUUCAUAAAAGUAUCGCUCAGGAGGCCAUUGAGAUUACCCAAGGUCCAGUUGGUCCAGUGUUUGGGGAUUGUCGACACUCACGUUCAUGCCUUGAAUCGUUUCGGUGGGUGGCAUUGGGUGAAUGUAGGGUGGUAUUGUCGCGGUGGGCAGGGGUUCCUUGUCCAUCUCCCCAUUUGUUUCGGCAUAUUCGCCCUGUAUCUUUUCCAGAGGAAUUUGUUCUGGGCCUUUAGUUUCUUGUUUUCUUCUUUAGCCCUUUGCCCGUUUCGUUUAGCUCUUUCAUUUUCCUGUUGCGUAUAUGUUAGCUUUUUUUUCCCAUUAUUGGCAUGAAUUUUUAAGUGAUAGACUUGCCCGGAGGCAAAAGUUGUCUUUUUUGUUGACGUUUCCAUAGCAACAAAUUCUAAAGAUGGCGUUGUGUGCGUUCGCAGUUGUAAGUAUAUAAGACAGAAAUGAAUAUUGCGUGGACAAAUGAUGCUUUAUUUUGUGGAGAAAGCAUUCUGCAGUUGUUGAAAAAUUUGUUUUAAACGUUCGAUUAUUCGAACGAACGGAUUUUAGAGGGUGUUGCAAAAAGGACGUGUACUUAUUUAAAAAAACGGCACAAGUAAUUUAAGUGGUUUUUUCUGUUGUUUUAGACAUGGAUAUUGUAAGAAAAAUUAUUGCUUGUGGGACGAUUGACGAAUUAACAUUGUUGGAAAGUUUAUAUUUAUUGAAUGAUUACGAACAAGGAUUAGUGUAUGAGAGGAAAGUCGAGAUUGUUACACAUUUGCUGGAAUGGGGCUUGGAAAACAAGCGACAUGGAUUAGCAGCGAAUCUUUCUGACUUGUGGACACCGGAACAGAGACGUAAUUUUCUGGUUGAAUGGAACGAUGAUGAACCUUUUCAAAUGAUACUGAACGAAGAGGCACUGCAACAUUCAAGCGAUGGGCCUUUGGUACAGUCGGGACGUGGGGAAAAAAGAUCAAUCGACGAAGUGAACGAGGGUGCAAGUACAUCCGAACAGGUUAGCGAGAAUAAUUAUUUUACCGUAACGAAUGUAAGACAAGUUCAUUUGAAAAAGUUUAGGACUACAGGUACCGAUUACACUGUACGGUUCACAAACACCUUUGCUAACAUGGAACUUUCCCAGUAUCACAAGCAUCUUCACGAGAUAUUUGAAAGUUUAUUGAACACUGUGACCGAGGACAUUCCCGAAAACGACCAGGUCAGUUUUGUGUUGCAAUCGCCUCAACUUGAAAAACCAAUUUCUCUUCCUUUCUUAUCUGCUUCUCGACUUACAACCGAGCGAAUUUUAGCUCAAAUUGAGCAUGUUGUGCAGUGCAAUCACACAUUUCGUCUGAAUGAUUCUGUAAAUGUCAAUGUGAUUCAUGUUGAAAUGCCUCAAGGAGGAACUGGCACAAAACGCAGUGAAAUCAAUUUAGAGAAACAUUUAACAAACAAAAGAUCGAUUAUUCAUAUUCAAAAUGAAGACAAUUUAUGUUUGGCUCGGGCUUUAGUUGUUUCGAUUGCAAAAAUUGAAAACGAUAGUUGGUACAAAGUGAUAGUUAAUCAUCACAAUUCAUUGCAAGAGUGUUUAGCUCAUGAUUUGCAUCAAAAAGCAAAUGUUUCAAUCGGAAAGUGUGGCAUCGACAAAGUCAAACAGUUUCAGACUUAUUUGACCGAUUAUCAGAUUAAUAUCGUUUCGAAAGAACAUCAAAAUUCCAUUAUUUUUUCCGGACCUGACAAGGACAAAAGGAUUUAUUUGUUUUUGCAUGACAAGCAUUAUGAUGUAAUCACAAGCAUGCCAGCUUUUUUCGCCAGAAAACGGUACUGUCACACCUGUAAAAAACCAUAUGAUAAAACAGUGGACCAUAUGUAUCCCAAUGCAUGUCAAUGUUGUCAUUUUCCAAAUUGUCCAAUUGUUUUGUGGGUUUCCUGUGUUGAUUGUAAUCGUAUGUUUAAGAGUCAAGAGUGUUUUGAUCGCCACAAACAAAACAUAGUUCUAAUAAUAAAUAUUAAAGCCCAGCAAAGUGCUUUGAAAGAGCCAUAAACCAUUAAAUUAAAAAAAUUUUAUUAAAGCUUUAGUAACGUUUCGUCUUAACUCAAGACAUCUUCAGACUAUAGAUUUCAUGGCCUCACUCGUUCUGAUUUUACUAAACUCUUAAGUCUUUCUGUCAAAAAUUGUCAUUUCGUGUUCAAUGGUCGUUUAUAUCAUCAAGUUGACGGCAUAGCUAUGGGUAGUCCUUUAGGACCUUUGUUUGCUAACAUAUUUAUGUCCUUUCACGAAAAGGAUUGGCUUCACAACUGUCCUUCGUCUUUCAAACCACUUCUCUAUAGACGAUAUGUUGACGAUUGUUUCCUACUUUUCCGUUGCUCAGAGCAUGUACAGCUCUUUCUCGCAUAUCUUAAUCGCCAGCACACCAACAUUCGCUUCACUAGUGAGGUUGAACGUGAUGGUAAGCUCCCAUUUCUUGACAUUGACAUAUCCCGCUCCAAUGGAAAAUUUUCUACUUCUGUUUACCGUAAACCUACGUUUACUGGUCUUUUUACCAACUUCCAUAGCUUCAUUCCACUUACAUACAAACGCAGCAUAAUAUCUUGCUUAAUACACCGCAUCUUUAGCAUUUGUUCUAGCUAUGAGACUUUCCAUCACCAACUUGAAGCAGCACGUAGAAUGUUUAUCUUAAAUGGUUUCCCUUCUCACAUGUUCGACCGAUGCGUUAGAACAUUUCUCAACAAAGUAUUUCAACCUAAGCUACCUGUUCAUAUUGUUCCUAAGAAAAUAAUUUAUUUCUGUCUCCCUUUUACGGGCACUCACUCCUUGCAAAUUCGCACGCAAAUCAACCGUCUUUGUCGUGCUGCUUUCCCACAUCUUGAUAUAAGAUUUGUCUUUCGAUCAACUAAACGGCUCUCAACCUUUUUCUCUUUUAAGGACAAAAUACCCAAAGCACUGAGGUCGGGUGUAAUGUACUCUUUUACGUGUCGAUGCUGUUCCGCAUCGUAUGUGGGUCAAACCACGCGCCAUCUACACACCCGAGUUUCGGAACAUCUGGGGAUCACUCCUAUCACUGGCAAACAAUGUAAAAAUCCUCCCCAGUCCAGCAUUUUCUCACAUCUCACAUCCACAGGCCACGCUGCUUCUAUCGACGACUUCGAAAUCCUCUCCUCUUGUUCAGAUGAACAAGAACUCCUUAUUCAUGAAAGCUUUUUUAUCUCUAAAAUGAAACCCUCUCUCAACGUUCAAGGCAGUUCAAUUCCUCUUCACGUAUUCUGAUUUCUUUUUUUUAUGUUUUGUCUGUUUAUGUUGUCGUCUAAUUUGUAUAUUCUUAUUUUUGUCCGUCAUUUCCCUUCAUUAUCCAUUCUUAUCCUUACGUUUUGUGUACCUCGUAUUCGCUUGUAAUUUAAUAUUGCUAUGAUAGCUUUACUUUAUGCUUAAUUACUCUUACAGCUUGUAAUUUAAUAUAGUCUGAAGAUGUCUUGAGUUAAGACGAAACGUUACUAAAUCUUUAAUAAAAUUUUUAAAUUUAAUGGUUUAUGGCUCUUUUAAAAGCACUUUGCUGGGCAUUAAUAUUUAUUAUAAAUAAUACUAUAUAAAUAUAUGAAUGAGGUUGAUAAAUAUAAAUACACAUACAUACACACACAGUCACAUAAGUAGUUAGCAGUCAAAAGCAGCCAAAACAUGAUAGUGUGUAGCAAAGGAUGUAUUUUUCAUUUGAUUCAUUGCAUAAAUGGUGUGAAAUUCAAAUUUUAUAGUAACUACAGUAUUGAUGAAAUCACUUCAUUAUGCAUGAGUCAUUUUUAAAUAGCUCUCUCGGCUCUCACCUCUUCCCUGGGAUUGGCUGGGGAUUUAUUUUGGCCAUAAUUUAAAAAUACACAAAAGCCCCUAUACCUGGGGAGUGCUCCAUUCUAGUCAAAAUGUGACUAGCUGUUCAUAAAUAUGGAACAGAUGAGAGCACAAAAUGACCAUACAAGUGGGAGACCUGCCAAAUAAAUCCCUGCAAGUGCUUCAAGAUCUUGGGCAUAAUAGUGCUGUGCAAACUCCAGUUUUUCAUCUCCGGCUCCGGCCGAAUUAUAGCUCUGAGCUCCGGCUCCAGUCACAUCAUAAAAUAUUAAAUAAAUGUUUUACGAUCAGAGAACAUUUAUUAAUAUUGUUAUGAAUAACCCUUUUCGCGCUUCCUAAUUAUCAGAUAACAUAACUCAGGAAACAAAACAGUGAAAACACUUAACCACGCAGAAAGUACUGUAUCUAUAUGGAAACCAGCCUCAAAAUUUUUUUGACAGUUUUGCAAUUUUAUAUAGCAUGACGAGAGGCAUGACGCUAACACUCUCAGACUCCACAGCACAAUUGUUCGCACACAAACAAAGUACUAUGUCAUUUUCAAAAGGUUGAUAUUUAUUUGUUUUGUACUUUUUCGUUAUCUACAAGGCAUGAAUGCACAGACUAUGUAGCGCUAAGACAGAUGGCUUCAUGAAAGCAUAACGUUUGUAAGUUGCGAUCGUAUUACAGCUUUUCGACACUGUUCCUGUGGGCUGUGGCAGUUUGAGUCUAUGAUGAAUUCAUUAACAGCAAUUGGCAGUUUGCAGUAACUAACAAUCGUUUGACAAUUGUCUCAUUUCAAUUGUUUUCUUGCCAUUUUGCCGGAGUUGGGAAAACAUAUUUUCUGCUCCGGCGUCGGAAAAACUGCCGGAGCUCCGGCAGAACUCCGGCGCACAGCACCGGGGAAUAACAUCCUUUCCAUGGGGGUUAACAUUUACUCACACAUGUGUGGGACCCCACUGUUGAAUUACAAUAGUAUAUUUGCUGCAAUGGCCAAGCAGCAAACUGGUUGGGGCUUCAUUUUUCUGGCGUGACUGCUAAUUCAGCUUAACACAUAUUGAACAAUAAAUAGCAAUUAAUCCCCGAGCCAACGGUGCGGAGCGCUGUUCCGGGCGUAAGCCUGGGGCGAGGGUACUAAUUCCCCCCGGGUGUACUAAUCCCCCCCCCGGUUUUGGGUGCCAAAAGGCAGUUUAGUUUUGCAAAGAACACUUUAUAACGUUUUGCGAAGCGUUGGUGGUUGAAUUUUACCUUAAAAUUGAAGCUUAUAUUACGUAUAAUAACAUACCUAACAAAAAUAUGUUUGGGAAAUUGGUAAUUUUGUAAUUAAAGUGAUAUUUUUACUGUCGAUGCAAUGGAAGUGUUGAUAAAAUAUUGCAUGAAUUCAUUUCCUCAAGUUGAUCAAUUCAUACGAAUUCAAAUUUCUUUUUACUUCCUGUGCGUUUCCUAUUUGACAAUCGGUUCUGAAACGAAAUCUAAUUGGCUCAUUUAAAAGUAACAGGAAGUUGAUCAAUUUUGAAUUUUCUAUCAAAUGAAUUGAUCAACUUAAUUGAGGAAAGGAAUUGGUGCAAUAUUUUAUCAACACUUCCAUUGCAUCGACAGCAGGGGAUUUUAUCAUUUGUAAAAAUAUUCUUAAAAAAUAACGUGUUACCAUGACAACUACUUUAAAUACUUCAAUACUUCAUGUUCGGAAAAUACAAUGGUUUUGUCAGAAGGAGAGGGUUUCUGCCAUAGAAAUAAUAGUUCUUAGGUAAAUAUUUCUAUGGUUUCUGCAUGCAUGUAUUUUCUAGUCUAGAAUAUAUAUUUGGAAUGAAACAUUCCCUGUUCACCCCUACAGUUAACAUGUAUGUACUUUUAUUCAUACAUUGUAAAUAGUUUAUUUAAGUAUAAUAUUGAAUUUUAAAGUUUGUAUAUAGUUUAAAAAAAUGAAUGGGCCUUAUAUAAGAGCUGAGUGCAUGGGCUACCUUGUUGGAAUAAUGUUUACCAUACCAAUACCUAAAUAUGUGUUAUUCCUGGCUUAGCAUUGACUCUAUUAUGUGAUUUGGAGAGUCUGAGACAUGAUUAGGCAACUGAACUAGAUAGACAGUUCUAAGACGUUUUAAAACGGUACAAAAUGAAAGUCAGUUAAACAAUUACUGUGACCAUCAAAUAGUGCCAGUACUCUCCCCCUGAAUCCUGAUGAGUAAAUUGUGUGAUGUUAGUCAUAGUAAAAUAACAAAGUGCAUGGGGCAUAUAUGAGGGUGCAAUGCCACUUGAAGGGUUAAUACAGUAUUUUUAUCCAAUACUUGCUAUGUUCGUUUCUAUUCAAUAGCCCUGCUACGGUAAGCUGAUCAAACCAAAGCUCGCUGAAGGAGUUAAGUUUGAUACUGAAAGAGUUAUCAAAAUGGCUGGUCAAGGGGCAGUAUAUGUUAGGUCACUGUUUCCUAUAACAGAGGAAGAUGAAGAUGAUGAAAAGCUAUACAAUUCCACAUUUCAAACAAGGUAUGUAGUGUCAUUAAAUUUGUCUAUAAUAGAGAUUAGUGAGUAAAUUCUAUCUCGUUUGGUUUAGUUUGAAACGGGAUAGUUUCGUAGAUUACAGUAGCUGAUUACAAACUGCCUUUAGUGCAACCUAUUCAAAUAUGGUGGAUUUAUACUUUAAUUGUCUACGGUACCGUAACUUAUUUAUCAAGCUCUCUUUCUAAUAAGCCCCCCCCCCUUUUUAUGUAAAGAAAUUAAUUUAUUAACUCCCAAUAUAUUACAUUAAGCCACCCCCGUAUUAAAUGUCCCCUCUAUUAACACAAAACCACAUUCAUUUUUAAAAGAUUUAACUAAUUUUACAUAAGUUAGUUAAAUCUUAAAAACCAACGUGGUUUUGUGUUAAUAGAGGGGACAUUUAAUACGGGGGUGGCUUAAUAUAAUAUAUGGAGGUUAAUAAAUUACUUUCUUUAUAUACAAGGGGGUGGGGACUUAUUAGAGGGGGAGCUUAAUGUUUAAAGUCAAAUUAAAAAUUUACAAAUUUUACAUAAGUUUGUAAAUUUUUAUUUUGGCUUUAAACAUUGCACUUGUUUUAUCGUAAGUGCCAAAAUAAAUAUUUGUAGGGGUGCACUGGAUAGUGAUUUUCACUAUCCAGCCGGACACCGGAUUUGCCGGAUGUCUGAAAAAAAUCCGGCCGGAUAUCGGAUAUUUUAUCAAUUUGAAUACUUGACAUAUAAUAUAUAUUAUAAGGAUUUUUCUCGUCCAUGUAUUAGUGCAGAAGAAGGUGACACUAUUUUUUUGGAGUUUUUGAGUAAAUAAUUAAUUGUGGUUAAUUAAAAAUCUGUUUUUAACUUUUUCCAAUGUUUAUGUGUUCCCGAAAACUUCCGAAAGUUUUUGAGCGAUGGGAUUUAGUACGCCUUUUGGUGCCAAAUGCUGAGAAUAGUUAAUUAAAUCAGUUAAUUAUAUCAGUGGCUAGCUUUUUCCCCUGUCCUUUUUCAGGUUUCUAUUUUUUUAGUAUUUUUUAUGUUCAAUUAACGGACAUUUAGUACACUUCAUGAAAAACAAAUUAUCCGGUAUCCGGCCGGAUAAUAGUAAAAAUCUGGCCGGAUAUUACUAUUAUCCGGCCGGAUACCGGAUAGUACAAUUUUGUCACUAUCCGGCCGGAUACUAUAUCCGAUGCACCCCUAAAUAUUUGUCAAACACACAUUGUAUUGUCGAGAAAUAACCCCCCUCUUUUAAGCCAUCCUCCCCAAUAAGCGCCCCCUAAAGGUGCCUGAAAAAAACGCCUGAGGAUUUAUCAAAAGUAAGUGCAAUAGCUCUUUUGGUUUAAAUUUAGUAUUUUAUUGCGCCCCCUGGCAUAUAUUUUUUAAUAUAUACAUAUUAUAACUGUAGUUCGUUUGUAUAGUGAAACUGGAGGCACUGGCAACCAAACCAACGUUGUAACACACACUUUCACAAGUGCUUCAUCUCAACAAGAGCAGAUCUCAAAUGCUGUUUUAAUUAAUGGCUUGCCUGAACACAUGUGCUCUCCUCAUUUUAAUGGUGAUGGAAUUCUUGACGUACUAUCGGUAGUGGAGGAAAGCGAAAGCAAUAGUGAUACACCAGAUGUUGUUGUAGUCGGUAGUAACAAUGUUUUUAAUGAAUCAAACGUGACAGUUGUGCAGAGUGGAAGCAACGGAGAUACCCCAGAAGUUGAUGUAGUUGAAACGGCAUCUGGCAACAAUGUUAUGGAUCUGUCGAACGUGACUAUGGUGGAAAUUCAAGGCAACCGUAACGAGCCCGUUGAGACAGUGCAAGUGAUUGAGCAACAACAACAACACCAGAUUCUCAAGAUACACAGAUUAAAUGUUAAGAAGGACAUGAUUAACGCAUUCAAAGAUCCUUCAGUUAUGGAUUGCGACCUCACAUUUGUGUUUAUCGACGGCAGAGGGAAUGAAGAAAAAGGCUCUGGUGUAGGAGUGGUAAGGGAUGCUUUAAGGUUACAGAUACAGAACACCUUUGAGUGUUAAUUUUGCCUAAAAUGUUUUUAUCGGUUUUAAUGAAAGCAUUAGACUAGUUCUACUAUCUGACCAAGUUUGAACGAAAAAUGUUGAAAACUCGCAGAGUUAUUUAAUAAAAUACAUUUCGCUGCAAUAAGAAAAACAUUGAAAAUGUAAUAUUCAAAUUCAAUUUUCUCCCGAAAAAUUUUACGGUAAUUACUGAUUUUCAAAUGAGUUGUGCUCCUGCGGGUUUCAACCAAUUUUUCUCAAAUUUUCACAGGUCAUAGCUAAAUACGUCAGUUUCAAAAACGUGUUCGGCUUUUUUUUAAUUUUGGAUAUUUUAAAAAUAAAGAGCAAUUCACUCAAACAAUUCAGAAAUAUAUUGCAGUCGUCAAAGAAAUCGCCAUAUCAGCGGAAUGACGAAAUAAACAAAAAUUUCCGAACACUUUUUUUUAGAACAACUAUUUUACUGUAUAAAAAUGAUAUUUUCAUAAAUAUAACUUGAAACCAGCAGGAGCACAACUCAAAAACCUAACGGUACCGCGAUUUAAGAUUUUCUUGAAUAAUUCUUACAUUAUUUCAUUGUUUGUUAAUUUUACAACUUUACCAUAUUUUGCAUGCACUGGAGAACAUUUGGUACAAAUUUGAUGAAAAUCGGACUGAUAUUGAACGCGCAGUAGCGAUUUUCCGCAAAACGCCAAAAAGGGUGUCCUUUAACCUUAAGUCUUUUCUGGAAAGAAGUGUAUGAUUCACUUCUCAUUGGUGAGAAUGAACGUGUGCCAUUUAUAAGGCACGACUAUAACAGACUUGAUUGGGAAGCCAUUGCGAGGGUACUGCUUAAAGGAUACCGUAUGUGCCAGUACCUACCACUGCUGCUAUCCAAGACAUUCUUGUCAUAUGUUCUGUUUGGAGAAUCGUCAAUCAGUGAUCCCAGUAUCUUAAUCCAGUCAUUCAUGCAGUAUAUUUCAGCAGACGAGAGGAGAAUAAUCGAUAAAGGUCUAUCUGGAGAUUUGGAUUUUGAGAAUGAAGAUGAAUUCAAAGAGCUUCUGGACGUGCUGAAGAUGUAUGACUGCCGAUCGCGCGUCACUCAAGAAAAUAUUAAAAAAGUUAUCCAAGAAAUAGCGCACAAAAAAAUUAUCCAAAAGCCGCAGUAUGUCACAGAUUGUGGAAAGAUAUUGUCCAAAUCCUUGCAGAAACUUUUCCCACUCCAAAUUCCCUGA